UUAACACUAAAUUACCGUAUAAUGAUGUUAAAUAAAAUUUUACAAAAAAAAGUAACUAUCUAUGUACAAUAUUAUUAAUAUUAAUGAUCUCGCAUGUGUGUAAAUGAAACAGUGAGAGAAGUGGUGUGUUGGCAAUGAUUAGAACGAAAUAGUUCCAUAGCCAAAAUAUAUAUUUUUUGACUUUCCGCGUGUAUUUAAGAAUUUGUGUGGGUAUUUGUUAAGUUUGAACAUUUUUUUAAAUCUCUGGUGAAAUAAAAACGUUAUGUUAACGGUAAAAAAAUAUUACGUGCCGAAACCGUGGUCGCGCAUUAAUAAUGUUAAUAGUCACUUGAUUGUUUUCUCUUUCAGCCGUUUGCAGUCUGCACAGAUUACGCCAUAUUGCAGUGUGUUUUAAUAUAUUACUGACCGUGAAAUAACGUACAGUUUGUGUUUCAGGAUUUUGUGUUAAUAUUGUGUAUUUUAACUUUGUUAUAUUAUUUAUUAUCUACUAUUGUAAUGAUGGAAUUUGUUAUCGUUUUGAUAUUUUGUGUGGUUCUUGUGAUUGCUGUAAUGGUAAUUGGUUCCGGAAUGGGGAAAGCUACUUCUUCGCAGCGUCAGAUGGACAUCAUUAACGUCGCUCAGAACUUAUAUGUUUUAAUUAAAAAAGGCGACUUGAAGAAAUGUGACGUUACGCAGACGACCGCGUUUCUUCUCAACAUCGCAAAGUCAACUGUUCUCAAGUACUACAAGAAAGACAUUGAAGAAGUUUCAACACCAGGAAAAAAGAGGAAAAAAAGGCCACAGGAAGGAAAGUCACUUGACACAGUCGACGAUUUCACAGUAAAUGCAAUCAGGAAUGCAAUUUACAGGAUGUACGCUGAAGGUUUGAAUGUUACAGUCGACACCAUUUUGAAAGAAAUCAGGGAAAGACAAAUAGAUUAUUAUGGUGGAAGAUCAAGUCUUCAUAAAUUGUUAAAGAAGAUGGGAUUUUCAUGGACAACUGUUGAUGGACGAAAAGCUUUGAUAGAGAAUGAAAACAUAGUAUUGAAGCGAAUAGAUUUCUUGAGAAAGUAUAAAGAAGAAAAAGAAAGAGGUGCCAAUUUCAUAUUUGUUGAUGAAACAUGGAUUUUCCAGAGAGGCAAGGCAUUAAUUUAUUUGAAAAUUUGUUCUGUGGUCCAAUACAAAGUAUUUCAUUUCCAUUUCAUAUAUUUUUCAGGAACUGUAUCAAAGUCAUGGCAGGACAAGAGUCUACAAUCUGCGAAGAGACGUACUGUUGGAGAUGGUAAAAGGUUUAUUGUUGUUAAUGCUGGAGGGCGCACUGGCUUUGUGCCAGGAGCAGGAUUACUUUUUGUUUCAGGUCAGAAGACUGCAGACUACCAUGGCGAGAUGAAUGGGGAAACUUUCUUGAUGUGGUUUGAAGACAUGUUGGUGCAUCUGGAGGAACCCAGUGUCAUUAUAAUGGACAAUGCUUCAUAUCACAGCACCCAGGUUGAGAAAACACCUACAACGAACUGGACCAAGGAUGCACUGAUCGCGUGGCUGGAGAAGAAUGAGAUAAAACAUGAAAAUAAUUUGUUGAAAGUGGAGCUGCUGAGAAUAGCUAAACAAAACAAGCCCCGAAUACGAUGGGCGAGGUGUGUGGAUCACGUGGAGAAGCUAAUUCAAGCAGACUGGGAGAGAGAAGUCCACAUAGACAGCGGCACCAUUCCUCCACUCAUCAUCCACCUCGGCGAGGAUAGUUCAAGUGAAGACAGUGACAGCGAAGAAUUUGAGGUUACGACACAGCAAGUAGAUGGAGACAGUGAAGUACUGGCAGUUCCUCUUGAUGAUUUACCCGGGUGUUCUUAUUGAGGUCUGUAUGUAAUAAACACCUGGGCAACUGUAAGUAUUGGGGUUUGAAACAUUUUUUUUUCUUUUAUGCAUUCCCAUUAAGUAUGUUGAUUACUGGAACUUUAUGUAUUAACUUUAUAUUACACAUAUUAUAAAAUUAAUAAUAAAUUUCAUUUCUGGAUUCGUAUAGGUGUAUGUGAAACAUUUUAUUUUGUUGUGUCUCUUCAUUUUUCAGUGAACUUACUUGGAAAACAAAAAGCCAGUCCCCAUCCAGGGCCACAAAUAAAUAAUGCAUAUAAGUGGUAUAGAAAUUACUGUCAAUUCUUUACCAUAAUUUUACUGUUCAUAAAAUUAUGAUUUUGUCUAAUAAGUAUACUCAGGAAAAUGUAUAUAACCAUAUUUUUAUUUGUGGCCUUAACCGGCAUUAUGGUAGGGGUUUAUUAAAUAAAAGAAGAAAAUUCAUUUUUAAAUGUUUUCAUCUGAAUUUGUUAAUUUUAUUAAACUUUCAAUCCUUAGUCUUUUCCAGAUUGCUUAGAUGGACAGCCAUAUGUAUAAUUUACAAUACUUUUUUUUUCAGAUGCAGAAAACUGUGUUGAACUGUACUAAAGGAUGAUAUUUAUUGC